UUUGAGAAAGAGUUUCUCUGUAGCUUUGGAGCGUGUCCUGGAACUCGCUCUGUAGAUCAGGCUGGCCUUGAAGUCAGAGAGAUUGGCCUGCUUCUGCCUCCCCAGUGCUGGGAUAAAAGGUGGUGGCACUGCCCAGCACAGUUGGAGGCUUUAACCUGAAACCAGAGCUAUAAGAAAGGCAGGAGCUUAGAUACUGAUGGCAAGAUAGGGAUAAAGGGGAAAUGUAGGUUGGAAGACUAGGGAAGGAAGCAGAAGUAAGGGGAUCUCCAUGUGGGCCCCAUGUGGUCGCCCCCAGAUCGCAGAUCUGACCCAGAAGAUCUAUGACCUGCGUGGCAAGUUUAAGCGGCCCACCCUGCGAAGAGUAAGGAUCUCUGCAGAUGCCAUGAUGCAGGCUCUGCUGGGGACCCGGGCCAAGGAGUCCUUGGACCUGAGGGCCCACCUCAAGCAGGUGAAGAAGGAGGACAUUGAGAAGGAAAACCGGGAGGUGGGAGACUGGCGCAAGAACAUCGACGCGCUAAGUGGAAUGGAGGGCCGCAAGAAAAAGUUUGAGGGCUGAGCCCACGGGCUCCCACCCUUCGCGCCGAUGAUGUCCCUGAGGAAUAAACCUCUCUGAACUGGAA